AAAAAGUGGGAUGGGGUGAGAAAAUCUGAGUCCACCCGGGCUGCCAAACACACCCUAGGUUUACACUCUCCUCCACUGCGGACUAGGCUCCAAGGUCGCCUCCAAGGUCGCGGUCUCUUCUUGUUUCUUCAUCGCCGCCUCGUUGUGCUGAAGCUGAAUUUGCUCGAUGGAGGACCUACCGGAGGCUCUGGUGAUGGAGAUUCUCAAGAGGAUCACCAGGACAAGUGAUCUGAAUUCUCUUUCCCUUGUGUCAAAGCGGCUCUACACGAUAGAGGGGAAUCAAAGGGGUGCUAUCCAUGUUGGUUCUGGUCUUUGCACUGAUACAGAAACACUGACAUCAUUGUGCGCCCGGUUCCCAAAUUUGGAGAAAGUGGAAAUCGAUUACUCUGAAGGACAGGCCUGGCGCAGUGGUUCCAGUCUUUGCACUUGUGCCAAGAGGUCCUGGGUUCGACGCAGCCUCUCUGCAUUGCACUUUGCUGGGGUAAGGCUUGCCUCUAUAAUCCUUCCCAAGACCCCACCUAGUGUGGGAGCUUCUAGCACUGGGUCUGCCCUGGAAAUCGAUUACCCUGGCUGGGUACUUGGACAUGGAAAUCAGUUGGAUAACAAAGGCCUCUCUGUGCUUUCAUCUAACUGUUCCUCGCUGAUUGACCUCACCUUAAGCUUCUGCUCAUACAUUGAUGACUCUGGGCUUGGUUGUUUAGCUUAUUGCAAGACAUUGACAUCUCUCAGGCUGAACUCCACACCCCAAAUAACUUCAACUGGGCUUUGCUUGGUUGCAGUUGGUUGCACUAGUCUAUCAGCUCUCCACCUUAUUGACUGCGAGAAAAUCGACAGCGUGGAGUGGCUGGAGUACCUUGGUAGGGGUGGAUCAUUGGAAGAGCUUGUAGUGAAGAAUUGCAAAGGAAUCAAUCAUCAUGACCUCCUAAAGUUUGGUUCAGGAUGGAUGAAGCUCCAGAAGUUUGAGUUUCAGAGGAUAAAUGGAAUACAUGAUAUUCAUCCAGGUUAUGAGUUCUUUGACCCCUAUUACGAUGCUCACGGCAGGGAUAUAUAUGAUUUCUGCUGUGAGAGUUUGAAGGAUUUAAGGUUGGCGCGUAUUAAAACUUCUCCAGAAAUAGGACUUCGUGUUCUCUUAGGGAAGUGUAAAUCAUUGGAGAAGCUUUGCCUUGAGUAUGUUCAUGCCCUAAAUGACAAUGACAUGAUUGCAUUAUCCCAGAGAUGCAGCAACCUUGGAAGCAUCUCACUUUGGCUCUCACUUCAGCGCUACUAUAGUGAAGAAGAUGGCUACUGUGAAACCAGGACGUCAUUUACGGAUAAAAGCCUUUACGCUCUAGCGCUCAACUGUCCUAUGCUUCAGAUCGUAGACCUCAGAUUUACAGGAUGUUCUCCUGACUAUCCAACAGAAAUAGGAUUUACACAGAAGGGUUUUGUGGCACUCAUUCAGUCCUGCCCAAUUCGUGUUCUUGUGCUGAACAAUGCCAACUUCUUUGAUGACGAGGGUAUGAAGGCACUUUCAUCCUCACCAUAUCUGGACACACUUGAACUUAUAUUGUGUCAUGCGGUAACUGAUACUGGGAUGCGCUUCAUUGCACACGCACCAUCCUUGAGUAAUCUCACACUUCGGGCAUGUCAUAAAGUGACUGGUGCUGGAGUGACUGAACUGAGACGUGCACAUAAGUUAGAAUCUUUGGUUAUUGAGUAUUGUGGUGAGGUCUCUCUGCAAGCUGCGCAGGAUGUUACCAAGUCAGUACACUACUCCAGCAAGUAUUCAAACGCCCUUAUGAGGAAAAUAGUUUUGGGUGGUGCCUGAUGGAGUGGUCUCCCAAGUUCUCAGUAUGAAUUUGCUGGUAAAGUCAUUAAGCUGUUGACUGUUCACCAUUGGACAAGGCUGUGCAUCAUUUGACCAGAGUAUAAGUUCACUUCUCUGACCUUUACUGCAAUGAUUGUCCUGUAUGACAGUCUAAAUGUCUAGCGUUGAAACUUGGGACGGCAUCUGGUUAAUGAAACAAAUAUUAGUCAUCACAUGUGUGCUAUCUACGUCUGUAAUUCUAGUUGCUCAUUUUCUACUAUCUGUAGCUAUUUUGAAAUCCGCAUGGAUCGUCCCCAAGAUUCCAAAUUUUUGUUGUGGAUGCAGUAUAUUACAGUUUGUUUUUUAUUGUAUUCAUUUAUGCAAAUGUCA